CAGUGUCGCUGCAGGCGGUGGGUCUGGUGCUGUACCCACUGGGUCUGGGGUCGCCGUUCGCGCGCCUACAGUGUGGGGACGCCGCUACGGUCUACUCCUCCGGCAGUUGUGAGUUAGGUUACGCGUACAUGUUGGCGCUGGUGGCCACGGCCCUGGCCGCCUACUGCCCCGUGCUGGCCAGACUGGUCACCUACAAGGACUACACGGACUACUGGUCCAACCUCAACUACAUGUGAGGUGCUGUUGGUGUCGCAACAACCACAAAAAGACAAACAAGACAGAUGUUUGAGAUAAGAUCAGCCACGUUAUCAGAUAACGUGGCUGAUACUUCAGCCACGUUAUUGUGACUUAUCGCCUGCAGAUGUUUGAGGUUCCAGGACUGCUCAAACGGGAGUGUAUUGUUCAAUGUAGUCCCAAAAAACAUGUGCUAUGUAUUCCAGAAUUUGUGAAGGAGAUAUAUAAUGAUUUCAGGAAAUACUGGAACGGAAAUUUCCUGAUUUCUCUCCCCUUAAAGACAACAAAUAAUGCAAAAUGAAAGCUUCGUGCAAGAAUAAUAAGUGUAAAAUACUUUCCAGAGAAGUAGACACAAGAAGUACGUGAAUUCUGGAAGUGCAGACGACGUCCUUAUUUCCAGGAAAAUGGUAAACAAAUAGAGAUACAUUCUCAGGAAUGUAGUCGUGGCGUGAACCAGGAAUACAGUGUUUGGACAUUCACGUGUUCCAGCAAUGCUGUGUUGUGUUACACGUGUUCCAGCAAUGCUGUGUUGUGUUACACGUGUUCCAGCAAUACUGUGUUGUGUUACACGUGUUCCAGCAAUGCUGUGUUGUGUUACACGUGUUCCAGCAAUACUGUGUUGUGUUACACGUGUUCCAGCAAUACUGUGUUGUGUUACACGUGUUCCAGCAAUGCUGUGUUGUGUUACACGUGUUCCAGCAAUGCUGUGUUGUGGUACAAGUGUUCCAGCAAUGCUGUAACAAAUAUGCCAUCUGUGGUAGACAGAAUCAGGUUUGACAUUUGCUAUAUAUACGAAUGGCUUGAACAUUACAAGUGUACAGAGUCAGUCAAUAUUGGUCAGUGAGAUGUGAGUGUAGUCAGGUAUGUCAGGUGUGUGAGGGAUUGUACAACUGGCCAGUCUGGUGUGUGAGUGGGGGGGGGGGUGUAGCAAGGCUAACCAAUCAGAUGUGUGUGGGGGAAGGAAUACUAGCAAGUCAAGUGUGUGUCGAGGGGAUGGGGGUGAGGGUAGUAAAUACUGGCCAAUCAGGUGUGUGAAGGGUAGGUAGACUCUUCAGUCAGGUAUAUGAGAGGUAGCGAGACAGGCCAGUCAGGUACAUGAGAGGUAGCGAGACAGGCCAGUCAAGUGUUUGAGGAGAAACAAGACUAACCAGUCGCUCUAACUGUUACUUUUGUAAACUGUAAAUGAAAGAGUGGACACCCUCAUUGUGUGGGUAUCCUGGUUUACUGCAUGUUAUACACGAGCCAGAUAUAGAAGGAAAGAGGAAGAAUGAGAUAUAAAUGGUGUAUGAGAGAGAGAGAGAGAGAGAGAGAGAGAGAGAGAGAGAGAGAGAGAGAGAGAGAGAGAGAGAGAGAGAGAGAGAGAGAGAGAGAGAGAGAGAGAGAGAGAGAGAGAGAUGUGGUUUACUAGUCUAAACGCCUCACGGCCACUGUAAAUAUCGUUUAAUAUUAAGAUUUCCUAUCGUAAGAUAUUUUUAUUAAACCAAAACCCAAUUGAAAAUGCCAAAUAUGUCACGUCAUAGAUGACGACGUCGCUUACGUCAUUAGGAGACAUCGGUGACGUCGACAGCCAACAUCAGUGACGUCAGUCAGCUGAGGUCAUCAGCUAAACUACGCUCGAUGUUGAUUAGCCGAUGCCAACCAAUCAGGAGACAGUGCUGACGUCACACUUUAAGGAUACAUCAACCAAUCAAGAACCAGCGAUGACGUCACACUGGCUCAGAAAACAGAAGCAUGCUUAGUGGCGUAAUGAGUAGGCUUCUAUGAUAGGCCUCUAUGAUAGAGCUCUAUGAUAGGCCUCUAUGAUAGACCUCUAUGAUAGACCUCUAUGAUAGGCCUCUAUGAUAGGCCUCUAUGAUAGAGUUCUAUGAUAGGCCUCCACGAUAGGCCACUAUGAUAGGCCUCAAUGCUAGAGCUCUAUGAUAGGCCUCUAUGAUAGGUCUCUAUGAUAGAGUUCUAUGAUAGGCCUCCACGAUAGGCCUCUAUGAUAGACCUCUAUGAUAGAGCUCUAUGAUAGGCCUCCACGAUAGGCCUACACGAUAGGCCUCCAUGUGGAAACUAAAGGGUCAAAAAGACGCUGUAGAUGCUCAACUUUUUGAGGAAUAAUUAAUCAAAAUAAUUCCAUACAAAAAUAUACAUUGAACUAAA